AUGCAGAUCACUCAGACCUCCUUCAUGAUUGCCUUCCUGGCUAUUGGUGCCAUUGCCAUCCCAACUCCUAGCAAGUCAGACGAGGCCUGGGCUUUCCAAAGCACCAAGAGGGCCGACGACGAGGCCUGGACUCAGAACAACGGCAAGCGGGCCGACGACGAGGCCUGGGCUUUCCAAAGCACCAAGAGGGCCGACGACGAGGCCUGGACUCAGAACAACGGCAAGCGGGCCGACGACGAGGCCUGGGCUUUCCAAAGCACCAAGAGGGCCGACGACGAGGCCUGGACUCAGAACAAUGGCAAGCGGGCCGACGACGAGGCCUGGUCUUUCAGAAGCACCUAG